UUCACGUAUUUGUUAUCAUCUAAUGUCAUCCGAAAUAUUUUCCUAUCGUGUUCACUUAAGAGGCAGCAGGACAAUUAUAGAGACUGUCAACUAUUUUCAAGUUAUUCGACAGCCGACUUCGAAUCUCUAGACAUCUUCCCAUGUGUGUUAGCAACUUACUAGUCAUAUAAAAAUGUCCAACAAUGACAGUAACGGAAGUUCGUCAUCUGGUGCUGCUAGACCUUCUCUUCCGCAGUUAGAUAUGUGUCAAGAUGCUGUGGGAACAGAAAAAAGAAGACAACUGAAACUAGCUAUUCGAGGAACAUCUGGUUCUACUUUUGGAUUCAAUUCUCCAAUACCUAGCUUACAGUCAUUAAAAUGUGAAGAAAAUAAUAAAUUGUUAAGCAAUGGAUUAACAUCAAAACAACAAAAUUUACCAAGAGUAAGGCUGGCUAACACUACUGAAACAAUGAGUGAAAAAUCUAAAUACAAAUCAGUAGAACGUAGUAAAUUACGAGAAAGACUUAAAAUAUGUCAAACAAUACAAUCUACUGGAAAAUUACAACUUUCUGAAAAUAAGGUAUAUGAUUUUACGUCAGAUGACCUACAAGAUUUAGGAGAAAUUGGUCGAGGAGGUUUUGGAACUGUAAACAAAAUGUUGCAUCGCAGUAGUGAUACCGUGAUGGCUGUUAAGAGGAUAAGAUCUACUAUUGAUGAAAAUGAACAAAAACAAUUAUUAAUGGAUUUAGAUGUUGUAAUGAAGUCAAAUGAAUGCCCUUAUAUUGUUCAAUUUUAUGGAGCUCUUUUUAAAGAGGGUGAUUGUUGGAUUUGUAUGGAACUAAUGGAUACAUCAUUGGAUAAAUUCUAUAAGUAUAUCUAUGAAAAACUAGACCAACGAAUACCAGAAAGUAUCUUAGGAAAAAUAACAGUAGCGACUGUGAAAGCAUUAAAUUAUCUUAAAGAAAAAUUAAAAAUCAUACAUCGUGAUGUAAAACCUAGCAAUAUUCUAUUGGAUUCUCGAGGCAAUAUUAAACUAUGUGAUUUUGGUAUCUCUGGACAGUUAGUUGAUUCUAUAGCCAAGACUAGAGAUGCUGGUUGUCGCCCUUAUAUGGCUCCCGAAAGAAUUGAUCCGGUUCGUGGCCGAGGAGGUUAUGAUGUACGAUCAGAUGUGUGGUCCUUAGGCAUAACUCUAGUAGAAGUUGCCACUGGUCGAUUUCCUUAUCCUAGAUGGAGUUCUGUUUUUGAACAGCUAUGUCAAGUUGUUCAAGGAGAUCCACCUCGACUUCAAACCUCCAACAAUUUUUCCCCUCAUUUUGUGAAUUUUGUAAAUACUUGUUUGAUUAAAGAAGAAAAUCAAAGGCCUAAAUACAACAAACUACUAGAACAUCCAUUCAUAAAACGCAGUGAUGCUGAAAGCUUAGAUGUAGCUUCUUAUAUUAGUGAAAUAAUGGCUGCUAUGGAAAAUGAUGGUGCAUUCAUGUACACAAUGAAUGACCCUUGAAAAUAUUUUUCAUUUCCUUACAUUGUACAUGGUCCAUAGGUAUUUCUUCAAAGUUAAUUCAGUUUCAGUCAAUUGCCUAAGUCAGUAACAUUAUUUUUUUCCAUUUACUUCAAGGAUUUAUUUUUCUAAUAGUUAUGACUAACUUCUAUCAUUUUAUUUAAUAGUUAUUAGUUUUUGAUUCUUUGGAGUUUUUACAUACCAGUAAUUAAAUAACUAAGUGACAUAUUAUUAUUUAUU